AUGGCAGCAACUCCCUUCGUUGACUUUUCCGGUCUCCCUGUCAACAAAAAUGGUCCUCACGGCAAUGCUUGGGGCCUAUGGGGUGUCGACGACCAACUUGGGACACUCAAUUAUCUUACUGAUGAUGUGGUCAAAAAUUCGGCAAAGAAAGAAAUUCGCACUGGAAAGCGUGUCUCUCUAAAUUGGUCUAUGAUGGGACCAUCAAAUCCUCGAUUUGCAAGGAUGUUCACGGAGGUAAAGCUGAUCAACAAAGCACCACUGAAAAUCGCACAUGACGAAGAGUUGUACUUCAAUACACAGAUCAGCUCACAAUGGGACGGAACCAGACAUUAUGGCUAUCAGGAAGAGAAGGUUUACUUCAUGGGUCAUACUGCGGAAGAGUUUGAAAAGUCUGAUGUCAAUGGAUUACAAACCAUGGCGAGGAAAGGAAUUGCAGGAAGAGGUGUUUUAAUAGAUUGGUAUCGAUGGAUGGAAGAGGAGGGCCACAAAGAUAUCGACGCUUUUUCAGCGUAUGGUAUCACAUUUGAUUCACUGAUGUUGGCUGCGAAAGCUCAAGGGCUUAGCCUAUCCGACUUCCGAGAGGGUGACAUAUUGUUUGUACGCAGCGGAUACAUACAUCAGUAUGAUUCCAUGUCACCCAAGCGAAGGCGGGAGCUUCAUGAGGUGUAUCAGAAAGAGAAGCCCAAGAAUAUUGGGUUAGAGCCGUCGAAAGAGCUUCUAGAAUUUUUCUGGAACAAUAGAUUUGCCGCCGUCGCAGGCGACACGAGAUUGUUCGAAAAAUGGCCCUGCACGGAGGCGCAAUGGCAUUUACAUGAAUGGUUGCUGGCCGGUUGGGGAAUGCCUAUUGGUGAAUUGUUUGACUUGGAGCACUUGAGCACUACCUGUCAAGAGUUGGGAAGAUAUACCUUCUUCAUUUCGAGUGAGCCUCUAAACGUCGCAGGCGGGGUUGCCAGUCCUCCCAAUGCUCUUGCUUUUUUCUAG